GUGUCAGCGCUCGCGCGGAGUGGAUCGCGAGUACGCGCUCGUUCCAAAACUGGGAACGUAUAGAGAAUGACGAGGGUGUCCUUUCUGGCCGUGUCACAAGACGCUGAGAAGGACGCUGAGUUCGCGCGCUGACGGUUCGUCGUCUGCCUCCGCAGCCAUGUCAUCGCGGUGAACACGCUCAACGUUUUUUACGAUCGUUCGUCUCCGUCGAAGGUAGUAAUAUCGCACGUGGCCACGGCGGGGGCAGGAUUGUUCUCCAGCCGGCGCGUUAACGUGCUGUGCGUGGUAACAGUGGAUGUGCUCCGUUCGAUCUCAUCACCUCGCGACUUAUCAUCGGUCAAGUUUCUCCCUCUGCGAUUCUGUGUGCCCUGUGACCGGACUUAGACCGGUCCUCAAUCCUGGAUAACGCUCGUCCUCCGUGGAGCCGGCCCCGCGUAGCAACCGAGACUGGACGCCCCUCGACGCUGAAUCAACAGGUGGGAAACUGCGAACUAACAGGUGUAUCCCGGAUGGCGGGGACGUUGGUUACACGAUGACGGAACUGCAACCGUCGCCGCCAGGAUAUCGAGUCCAGGAUGAGGCCCCGGGCCCACCUUCCUGUCCUCAGGGCCCUUACAAGUACGCCAGCCACGGCCACGGGAGCGAGUCUACCAAUUUCAAGAGCACCUCGUCCUAUCCUCAGGAAGGCUAUGGCCUUAAGCAGAGCCCCUCUCGGACGGCGGUUUCUAACGAGUACUAUCGCCGCAGAAACGACGGCAGGAGGUCCGCGGAGAACGAGCACGAGACUGGCAGCGCAGCUAAGAAAGCCACGGUUGCCGGUUACAACGAAAGUCACAAGAAGAAUACUGCUGGCUAUAAGAACGACAGCGGGUACAGCGAGAGCCUCGGAUUCGACAGCUACACGCUCCCUCUCAAUGAAAGAGACGAGGCGUCGCCGCCGCCAACGCCGCCGGUCAGAGACGCGUCCAGCCUCAAAGGGGUCUGCUAUGGGCCAGGACACGAGAAGUAUCCUUCGUGGCCGAGUGCGCCGGAGAGACACCCCGACGAGGACGUUCACAGCUCGGGUCACAGCGGAUCCCAUCGUUCCAAGUCCUGGACCGAUCACACCAAUUACCCGAAGGAGAAGCCUGCCCAGUACACCAGACCGCACACGAAGAGGCCCAAUCCCACGUUCACACAGCAGUUAAAGACUGUGAUGGAGCGCUGCGAGAAGAUCCCGGCGGAGACUUUCGAGUCACGCAACAGGAACAACGUGGAAGAGGAACCGAGAUUGUGGCCUCGCGUGGAUCGCGAGGGUAAAGCUCUUGGGGAUGCCGAGUACGUUGUACCGUCGCCUCCUGAGCGCGAGCAGCAGACCAGUCAGACCCUCAGCCAUGCCGAUCUGGAGGCCUACGUUAGGAGCUACCAAGACCCUCAAGUGUCCCAGGUGGACAUAUACCGUGAGGCAACCCUGACGCAAGCAGGUCUCGAGGAGUACACGAGGGUGCAGCAUUCCCAGCAGGCCAGCUACGCACAAUCCGAAGGCUACCACAGUUACGUCUCCAGCGUGGACUCCACCACGAACACCCCGUUCCUCGACAGAUUGAGAAGAGACAGCGAGGCAGUGGCGCAGCGGCCAGCCUCGACCUGGGAGGACACGUCCAGGGAGGGAAGAGACAGCGUGGUGACCACGUCGAGCGGAAGCGCCUCCAGCAGCGAGACCUUGAAAUGGCACGGCUCGAUGUCGGACGUGAGCGUGUCCAGCGGCCUGGCAGCGCGACAGGGUGCGUCGGAUCGGUGGCAUCACGGAUCGAUGUCGGACGUUAGCAGCGUGAACGGCGGAAUUUUGACCCAGAAGUCCAGCAAUGGCUGCCACGACAAGUGGCAGGGCUCCAUGAGCGACGUGAGCAGCACUGGCUUGUCACCGACGACGAAGGGCAGACACAGCGAGAAGUGGCCGGACAAAUGGCAGGUGUCGAUGAACGAUCGUAACAAACAGAACCAGGGUAGAUCUAGUCUGCCAGCUGUGAUCAAUCAUUGCGCCACGUCCACCAACGUGGCUGACGUGUCGACCGUUCGGGAGAGCAAGUGGCAAGAGUCGAACAUCGACGAGGAAUCCCUCGCGGACAAGUCGCAAACGAGCAGUCAGUGGGACAAUUCGACCCGAAUCGAAGCUGACAAAUACGGAUCGUUGGCUCAGCCCAUGCCCCAGAGUCCCAUUCGUCAGCAGGUGGGUCCGUCCAGUCCCCAGAGUCCGGAAACCUGGAAUCCUAUUCACGGAUCGAUGUCGGACGUUAGCCAAGCGAACGGACUUCCGUGUAGCAAACAACUGAUCGCUCAUAGUGCCAGAGUUCAGACGCCGCAGAGACACCACUCGGAAAGCGUGCUGUACUUGGAUCGCGAACGGACUCAACGCAAACUCUACCCUGUUAGCACCACGCAGCCUCAAGAGUCGACGCAGUCCUCCAGAAUGAACUCAACAUUGCCCCAGCAGCCUCAGAUGACAGUGGCGGAACGCAUAAACGAAUUGGAGAAGCAGCAGAUGCGUUACACUUACUUGGAUCCUGAGAAACGCCAUCGAGUAUCCGACCCAACCUUGAAAGCCAUACAGAAGAAAGCGCUGCUGUCUUUCUACGAGAGACACCACCAAGCCUCUUGGCGAUCGGAGCCACAGCUAGCUCAAGGAUCGGCGCCCGCGCCUCAGAGUCCGCCGCCGCAGCCACCGCCUCGGCCAAGACCAUCCUCGUCCAGACGAGCCAGCUCCGCGUCCGACUAUGCCAGCGGAACUUGGAGAGAAAACGGAAACAGGAGUCAGAAUCAGAGCAACGGGGAUCUACCGAGUCCCAAGCAUCAGCACAGCAACAGUUGCGGUAGCCUCUCCACGGAUCUCUUGGGUCCGGUUAUAGUCGGCCCAGCUAUAUCCAUCGACGAUUGGGUGCCCGAAAGGCCACCCAAGAAGCCACACCUGAGGAACGUCUACAACGAUCGCGUUCCCAGUCCAGAUCUGCCUCCACCUUCGCCUCCAACGGUGACGGAGAACGAGGUCCACGACUGUGACGAUCCUCUCCCUCCACCACCCCCCGAACUCAGCGACGACUGUUUCCCAGAGCCACCACGCAAGCCCAGCAACACCCACCAUCAGCCAGAGGAGCCCAAGAUCCGCGAAAGAUCCUGCGAUAGACACAAACUGGAGAGACACUCGACGAGAAGAUCGAAACACGCUUCGAAGAGGGAACACGAGAAAUCUGGAAAGUCCUCGCCGAAUUCGCCCACGAAAACUGUCUCCCAGGACCAGGAACAGCACCAGUUCGUCAGAGCAGCCAUAGCCCUGAAACACGUCGACUCUGAGAUGGUGCUAGAGAACGGUGUCUCUGCCGGAUUCGCCACCCACAGAAUGGUGGCCACCGGUCGGUCCAGCUUGAGAUACCCGUCUACUCAGAAGCUAAUGGUGAACGGCAGAGUUACUCCUGCGAGACGAAUAUCCGAAGAUCGACCAUUCCCCAGCAGACCCCCAGCGCAGCUACCUGAUCUCAUAUCGCAGCGGUACAGCGAUUCUGGUAAUCAAAGGCCAGCUCCCCAGGUUCCAGUGGAGCCAAGAAUCAUUCGACAGGAGUCCAUGAGAGUGGACGGGUCGAGACUCGACGUCUCUAGCCUGCUCAGGAACGAUUCCACUCAGAGGUUGGAGUCGUCCUCCGGCCAGAGACCUCAACCCCAAGUGCCUAAGAGCGUCGACAAGAACGCUUCGAACGGUCAGUCGACCCAGUCGACGAGACCUAAUUAUUUACCCGUGCCAGAUAAUUCGAAAAGCGCCUCCAAGUAUCUGGAAGGCGGGAACCACGGUUUCUCGAUCGGUAGCCCCGUGAAGACGGGCUACGAAGCCAACUCAAAGAUGUUCCCAUCGGAGUCCAGUCCACAGAAGUAUCACGAGCCACCGAAGUACGUGCCUAAUCAUCACCAACGUCACGGAGACGCGGUCCAGAGGAACGCCUAUUACGCCUUGCCGCCGAAGUACAUCGACGCGCCUAAGCAGAAGCCUCAGCCUCAGUGUCCCACGGACAGAUACGGUGGCUCAGGUUCGCCCAGCUCUCCGCCACCCCCUCUAGCUCCGCGACAGAACACUCCGGGAAGAAAAUCGCUGCCGCCUCCGCCUCGACCAGCUCCUCCACACGCGCUUCAGGGGAGCCAAUCGAAGGCCUCCUACCUGGCCUACCGAAGAGAGCGCGGAGCGCCCGACAGCGAGGGCAGCUACAAGAGGACCAUGUCACCCACGUCUCGCUUAGAGGACUGGCCGCCACCGCGGGAUCACGACGAUCCCGUUCUGUUGCGCGUCACCCCUCAUCAUCCGUUGCAGCACCAUCAUCACCACCAUCACAACAAUCACCACUCGCAGCAGCCGGAGCUCUCGAAGUCGCACAGCGUGGACGCUCUUCAUCACCGACUGGAGGAACGCACCGCGCAACAACAGCAACAGCAACAACACUCGAACGAGGUGAUCGGAAAGCUUUCGCACGAGUUGAACAAGAAACUCCAAGCGAGCGAGGCGAGGUCGCGUACCAGCGAGAACAAUAACAACGACAUUCACGAGGAUCGACAUCAGCAUAACCAUCAUCAUCACCACCACCACCUGGAGAAGAGACAGCAGGAGAAGAGGCACGAUUACGAGCGCAGGGAGCGAUUGUCGCCUCAGAGCGUCGAGGUUCUGAACGACAGGAACCGACAGCUGGAACGCGAACGCAGGAAGUUGGCCGCUAGCUGCGAACCCCUACCUCAGAACAGAGAGAAGCUGUCCCGCAGCGUGGACGUUCCAUCGUCGGUGGAGGAGGACUUCUUCCGCGAGCGAAGCGCCACGAUCGAGAUGACCUCGCAGAACAUCGAGCUGCUGAACCGUCGCAACGAGAAGCGAGCGCACUCCACGUCGACCAGCACCACGUGCAUCACGACGUCGUCGACGUCGACGACGAUGACGAUCACGACGGACACUUGCUGGUCGCGCGGACAGGAGGUGCGUAGCUCCGUGGAGACGUCGACCAUCGAGAGGCCGCCCCCGCCGACGAGUUCGCCGCCUAGAUCGCCCAACAGGAUCGAAGGGGAGAGUCCCAGGGGAGCGGUUCCAAGACGGUCCGGAAGCUGUUCCAGUUCCUCGUCCUCGAGCAGAUCGUCCGAUCCUCGAGUGUCGCCACGCAGUUUGUCCAGCAGCUUCUCGAAGAUCGAUGGAUCACCUACCAAUAGGAAGGUCUCCAGCCCCACCCAAACGGACAACACUGGUUCCUCGAACAGAUCUAGCUCGCCAACUCAUGCACGAUCGAACGAGAUAGAGCUGAGAGUGGAUAGAUCGUCCUCGUCCUCGAAGUCCAGGUCGGGAGGCAGGUCCUCAACGUCCUCGAUCUCCAGCGCCUCCAAAGCGUCCUCCUCCUCGUCGUCGAGAAACUCACCGAUCGAGGGUGACAAAUCCGCGCCAACGUCGCCGUGCGUGUCUCCUCAGCCAGGAAUAGAAGGGCUGACCCUGUUGCAACGCACCGAAGUAGUCCUUCGAGUGAACGCGCCUACCAGCGACGCCGCCUCGCAGACUGACAUCCUGGAACCCAUGGACCACGACGUCUCCUCCAAGAGCCAGGAACUUCAGCUGUGUCGGAAGAAACUGCCAGAGGAGAUCGAGUGCGAGGAGCUCGGUCGAGAUCUGGCCAGUCAACUUAACCCUAACGACAAACUGGUGCCCCUAUUAGUUCCAGCGCCGGAGCACAAGAAGCCCACCGACUACGUUUCCGGUUUGUUCAGGGUGGAGGCGACCUUGCUGCCCAGACCGAGGCGCCGACUAUCCCUGGAGGAGCCGACGACCCCGUGUUCUGAAAAUGGAUCCGAUGACGAGAAAAAGAACGAAACGAUACCUUCAGCACCGGUCACUCCGCUGUCGAGCGACUCGACCAGCCCUCUGUCACCGACGUCGGCGUAUUUCACCACGUCCGAGGGCAAAGCCAGGUUCCUGACCAGAUACUCGCGAGAUGUGACGGUCGAGGGUCUAAUGCGUCAAGAGGAUGCUCCCUCGGUCAUCCCCACGGAUAGCCUUGAUCUCAGGCAAAAGAAGGAGGAGCUGAUGAUGAGGCUCGACAAGAAACUGGUAGUCCUCAGAGCCGAGCAGGAGGCCGUGCGAGAAGAGGGCGAGGUGAAUGAGGCGUUGGGUGCACGAGUCGCCUCGCGGAUUUCCGCGGUCGCCAGGGCAGCGGAAGCUUCCAAGUAUCGACUUCACGUGGAGGAAGUCGGCAAGAUCACGAGUCUUCUUCUUGGUCUCAGCGGCAGAUUGGCUCGAGCGGAGAACGCCCUUUACGGAAUGCCAGCCGACCAUGCGGAAAGAAAAAUCCUGGAGAGCAAGAGGGACAAGCUGAUGGACCAGUUGGAGGAGGCGAAGAUCCUGAAGGGCAACAUCGACAAGCGAAGCGUGAACGUCUCCACGAUCCUGUCGAAGUACCUGAACGAGGAGGAGUUCGCCGACUAUCAGCACUUCAUCAACAUGAAGGCGAAGCUGAUCGUUGACGGCCGUGAGAUUCAGGACAAGGUGAAACUCGGGGAGGAGCAGCUAGCCGCGCUGAGAGAAGCGAUCGACUAGUCGUAUUAAAUGAACCGAUCGCGUAACCGAUCGCACGAGAAACGCGUGGCCGCGUUCUUAUACGCGCUCGAGCGCAUACCACUUAAGAAUCCACGUAAUUUUAAACCUCCCGACCACGGAUGAACGAUAAGGAAUGAAGCGGGCGUCGCUCCACUUGGUUUCCCAGCGACUCGUCGAAGCUUUUGUGAAACGUACGCGUGAUCCUCGAAUCGGUGAACGGAAAGUGAUAAUCCCUAAUCGGUAGGUAAAAUCGGUAGCUUGAUGAAAUUGUUUUGUACAUAUAUAUCGUAUUCUUCGAGUCCUAGACGGACGAAGCGUCGCGGAGCCUUCUCGUCUGUCGAAAAGAAAUUGUGUCUUGAUUCUUGUAUCGGUACACGCUUCGUCGUGGUUUCUUUUGAAAGUGAGAAGUCACCGUUCGCGCGAGAAUCGAAGCUCCGAGCUCCAUCUCGAGACAGAGUGGCUGAAGCUGACGUCAAAUACUUUGGGUCGUUCAAGGUCGUCGAAGUUAAUUCGAAAGAUGUGCCACAGGCAAUCGAAUGAAUUUGAAAUUUAUUUUCGUUUCGUAUUAUUUCAAAGUAGUAUUUAGAUGCAAUACAUUAUUACCUACAAAUGAAAAUUCAUUAGGUAGUACGUUUUAAUAUUUACGUGUCCCUAUUUAUUAAUUUCUAAGGUAACAACAAUUUACACAGUUGGUGAAUGUAGUUUUUGAUGAAUGUGCCCAAACAGAGGCCUCGAGCAGUCAAAAUAUUUGGCUCCGACUUCAGUCGUUAAAUUUAUACCGUGUUCUAGAUGGACAUAAUUCAUACAUAGAGAAAAAUAUCGAAUAAAGUUAUAAAAUUAAAUAUUUCAUUAUACUUAUCGUUAAACGAUUAAACGCUCAUCAUGAUACGUACUCGAUGGAAUAAACAUUGAGUAUAAAUUUGUUACGUAUGUCGUACGACAUGAUAUACGGUCAAAGGAACUCGCGCGUACAGGUGACCUCGACCGUUCGUUAAGGUACCCACCCACAGUCAAUGUAAUUAUAAAAUAAUCAAACAUCCCAAUCACCCAAGUAGAAUUACUUGUCAACCAUUCGCAUCGCUCUAAGUCGAUCGAACACGAAGCUAAAAAUAUUGUUAUUAUUGCUGAUCUAAUAUCACGUCAAUGAUACUAUAUCGGUAUCAAAAUAACGUAAAAUUGACCGUGCGUGGGUACCUUCAAUCGCGUUCUCCGUGCGAAAUCGCGCGAUUCGUCGUAUCCGUUCAACUAUGCGUCGCAUGCGGACGUUGAAAUCUCCGAUCGCUGUAUGGAAAUAUAUUUCGGCGGCACUGCGUUACACUGGGCGAAUCAAAAUUUUAAUAUAUACUUCAGUGAGCCAGUUGUCUUUCUGAUUCGUUACGACGAGGUUUUUCAGUGAUUAAACCGCGGAACGACAUUUGCCGAGGAUGGUAACACGAUGUUCGUCCACUUCGCUGCCCUAAGCAGACACGGUUGACCGCGGGCGUGUACAGCAUACGGAUACGUUUUCCAUUUUACCUGGUUAACAUUAAUGAUUCGUUCGCGAUGGCGCGUGUCGCGGGAUACUUGACCUAGAAUUACUUCUGGUGCCUUCUUAUAUACGAUAUGUGAUAUAAGGGUAAGGAGUCACGUGGUCGUGAGAUAUAUCUGGAACGAUACAGGCAACCGAGCGACAUAGUAACAUGUAUAUAACGAAAAAGAUGGAGAGAAAGGUAGCUUUAAGCGGUGAUACAUUGUAGGAAACAUACAUAUAUAUAUAUAUACACACACACACACACACACACACACGCACACACACACGCACGCAUAUACACUCAGGCACACGAAAACAGAGACACAGGAUGCGCGAGCGCGCACGAGAGAAAGAUACAUACGCAUUGUAAACCAAUUAUACAUGCUCACGUUUACAACGAUUACUAUUUUUUACGUUUUGUUCUAACCCCAGAGGCUCUCGUGAGCCUCUAUGACGCUUGUGAUCUUACUUACUUCUGUACGACCGUACCAAGGACUCUCGAAAACGAAAUGGAAAUUCGAGAAGGAUUUCGAGCCUCCGUGGUGGUCUUACGAAAAAUUUUAUGCCUCGGUCGUUUUCGAUACUUAUCGUAGUUUGUUCGUUGCUCCUAGCUCCCUCCACAAUUUUCUCACACCGAAUGUUUUCGCGAAUGCUUCCUGUCUUCCCCGGUUGGCGAUCGUCCCGCGACGAUCACGAUCAUUCACGGCGACGAAUCCGGGGACGGGGAAGACGCCACGGUCGAAAUUCGUAAGGAAGGAUCCUCCGGUUUUUUGAGCUCGGUAAUGAGACAUUUACACGUAGACUCAAAGAUCCCGAGAUGGAAUCCGUCUUCUUCAGCGUUCCCAGUGAACGGUUCGCUAUUGGCAGCUGGUCUCAGUAAUAUUUUAGCAAAGGGUGUGAUUAUAGUUGUAUUGAUUUACGCUUCUUAGCAGGUGGAGAAGGGAUGUUAAAAGUACAGCUGAGCUUUGGAUCGAAUUCCAAUGAACGGAGCUGUUGCCAUAUAUCAAUGAGUGAAUAUUGAGUGCUCUUCUUAAAAUUAAUGUAAUAUUUACGGGGAAUGGUAAUUAUUUCUUUCUUGAUAUUUUGAAGCAUCUUCGAAACAUAAUUAUGUUACAUAUAAAUAUAUGAACUUGGAGCCAUAGAUAUAAAAUCAAAUUUAUAAAUUGAUAAGAGUAUAAUAAACGGAAAAGCGGAAAAUUAAUAAAUAACUGAGAGGAAAAUUCUAGAAAAUUUGAAAAUUCCAAUCGAAACAUGUUAGUAAAAAUGAGAUUAGUUAAUUAGCGAGGCUGCCAGGCGAGCCGUGUCGCGAGGAACGAGAGCAAAAUUCGUUUAGCGCAUGUGAAAGACUGAAUCAGAGGGCAUAAAAUUUUGCGACACAUUAUAGUCAGUUUCUGUUCCUCGUUUGUUUCUCGAUGUUCGCAUGAUAAUAAAACGGCGGCGAUACUGUAAUCUCGUCGUCGUACCGACCGGAAACCAGCCACAUCUUUCGUAAUGUGCUUGCAAGCAGCGUUAACGCGUCGCGACACGUCGCGACCAUAAGCGCCGAAAAAUAGAAAAAAAACUAAAGCAAGAAAAAUAAAUUGUAUAUAAAACGAGUUCUCAUUCGAUGAUAGACAAAGAAGAAAAAAACAACCAUGGUGCUCUGCAUAAUCUAUUUUUUACGAGAAGAAACGUUCCAUUAAUGCGUAGGGUAUUUACUUAUAUUCUAAGGUCAUUAAUAUUUAAUAGUGCCCCACUGUGUACAUACUCUCUACAGCAUACAAUUUAGUUUUUAACGUGAUGCGAGGAGAACCCGUUUAAACAGUCUACACACGCUGCAUACGCAUUCAUACCGCGUGACACACACAUAUACACACACGCAUACACAUUUACACAUGUACACACGUAAGCGACGACGCUAGGUCGUUGAUAGUCUGACAAUAUUAUCGCAUAUUUCGAAUGUAUUAUGAAAUCAUUACGAUAACUACCUUUCCCAAACUCGCUUGCAAUAAAUAACACGUUGGAAA